AUGAUGUGUACCGCAACCGUUAUGAGGACUCCCUCUGCGGUUUUGUGCCUGCUGCUUGCGGCAACCCUGACUCUCAGCACUCCCGUUGCCGUUCGCGGGGAAGUGCUUAAGGAUGCGACCCCUGCAGUUGUGACAGUCUGGUAUAACGCCACGAGCGGCGGUUUCUAUGCUACGGAUGGUCUUGCAUCUGGUAAGUAUGCUGCAAUCGUGAAUGUGAGUAACACUUUCAACAAGACCGGUUGGGACGUUGUGACUGCUGUGGCAAACGAUGGUUUCAUGCAUUUGCCUGGAGAAGCGGAACCGUCAGCAGAGCGCGUGCUACUGGCAUACAAGGCUGUAGGUUUUGGUGAAGGCUACGCCACGUAUGAGAGCAUGAAGGCUUCCAUAAACAAUACGUUUGAGGGUCCUGAGGGUCUCUCUGCGCUUUUGUCUGAUGCGCCGCAGGCACAACACUGGAUUGAAGAGCACGUUCGGUAUAUGGACGCUGCGAAGUUCGAGAGCAGUGCAUUCUACACCCAGCUGCGAAACAUGUUAGCUCUCAUUGAUGGUAUGGUUGCUGGUUACAACGCUCGUGCCCCUGCUGACGAACGGUUGGAUCGGAUGAAGCUGUUAAUGUACAACAUGCAAGCAGAGAUUGGUGACAUUGUGAGGGCCACAUCCCCUGCGGAGGUAUUGGAUGAUAUGCGUCAGAUGAUGCCGCGGUGGUUUGUUGACACCCACUGUUCUGCCUUUGUAAAGGUCGUAAAGGAUGACAUCUACUUUGGUCACGCCACGUGGAGCAGCUUCAAUACUAUGUUGAGGCAGUACAAAACGUAUGCCUUCGGCGGGCGCUUCGUUACCAUGUCAUCUUACCCAGGUUUGGCGCACAGUGUGGAUGAUUGGUACAUGACACACAAGCGCCUCGCAGUCAUGGAGACCACCAACGUCAUACACAAUGCAACGCUGCUGCGCAACCAUGUCGGUUCCUCUAGCGUGGCUACGUUUCUGCGUGCGAUGAUCGCGAACUUCAUUGCGGUGGACGCCCCCUCAUGGGUGUCGAACUUCAGCAGGGAAAGCAGUGGGGCGUACAACAAUCAGUGGAUGGUGCUCAACAUGGGUGCAGUGGAGUCCGAGGCGAUGUUUAAAAACAUGGCACCCAACACCUUUUGGGUGUUAGAGCAGCUCCCUGGUACUGCUCCUCCGUUGGGUAUAACAUCUAAGGAUAUGACCAGCGUGCUGAACACCACUGGGUACUGGGCGAGUUAUAACAGACCGUACUUCCCCAAUGUGUACAAUCUUUCAGGUACGCUGAAGAUGCAGGAGGAAUACGGUGACUUCUAUUCUUACAAGAAUUACUCACGCGCCCGGAUAUUUGAACGUGAUCAGGGUUCUGUGGUCGAUAUUGAAAGCAUGAAGAGGCUGAUGCGUUACAACAACUACACGAAAGACCCAUUUUCUCUUAUUCCCAACUGCACUGGUGCUGUUGGUAUGGAUGACGAUGGUAAUGUGACUAAUGUCUGCAAGCCUCCAUACAGUGCGAUGCUUUCAAUCGCAGCACGUGGUGAUUUGAACCCUCCUGGUAAUGCGACCGAGUACGGCCCACUUGUCCGAAGUGUAGGACACGUAAAUAGUGGAGCUAUCGAUGCAAAGAUAGCGACGUGGACGGGGAUGGUGAAGAAUCCUGAAAGUUAUACUGCUCAUGUUGUCUGUGGCCCGACGACCGAUAAUCAACCACCGUUUCAGUGGGUGGACGGCAUGUUCGAUCCCAUGCCCCCAACAUAUGGGUUGCUGAAAUUGUAUAACUUUAGCUUCGUAGCCAUGGAGACGCCGUUUUUUAAAAGCGAUGUUGUCGACGUAGUUUGGUGGAUUAUUUCGGGAAUUGGAAUAGGAGCUACUAUUUUAUUACUAUCUAUUGUUCUUUAUUAUAAUACCGAGUGUAGUGUCGGUGUUGAUGAGGAUGAACUUCUUCCCGAAGAGGCUGAAGGUCUUAUAGAUCCUCAGAACUAG